AUGAUGGCGUCACGCGCCCAGGUACCGUCACGCGCCCAGGUACCGUCACACGCCCGUCACACACCCGUCACACGCCCAGGUACCGUCACACGCCCGUCACACGCCCAGGUACCAUCACACGCCCGUCACACGCCCAGGUACCGUCACACGCCCAGGUACCGUCACACGCCCGUCACACACCCGUCACACGCCCAGGUACCGUCACACGCCCGUCACACACCCGUCACACGCCCAGGUACCGUCACACACCCGUCACACGCCCAGGUACCGUCACACGCCCGUCACACACCCGUCACACGCCCAGGUACCGUCACACGCCCGUCACACACCCGUCACACGCCCAGGUACCGUCACACGCCCAUCACACGCCCAGGUACCGUCACACGCCCAUCACACGCCCGUCACACGCCCAGGUACCGUCACACGCCCAUCACACGCCCAGGUACCGUCACACGCCCAUCACACGCCCGUCACACGCCCAGGUACCGUCACACGUCCGUCACACACCCGUCACACACCCAGGUACAAUCACCCUUCCAGGUACCAUACCUGCACACUGUCGUUCCUAUUGUUAAGAUUGGGAGUUAAAUGUUCGUGGCGGAUUCUGAGCUGCAGUGGUGUCCCUACACCGUCUUUAUGGAGGCUUCUGAACACUGAAAAACCCGCCUUAGCAUCUCACGUCUUUUAUGGUGGUGAAAGAGCAGAAACUGGUCUCGUCUGUUACAGCAGAUAUUAUUCUUAAUUUUCCUGUGUGAAGACAGAAAUGUCCUCAGUUAAUCAGCAGUAAUACGUCUCCUGUUAAAUUCCAGAUUUAAAAUAAUGUGUUUUAAAUGUUUCUCUUCUUCCUGUUUUCCUUUCUGUUGAUCUUCAGCUUUUGUAUGAAUGUGUUUGUGUGGAAAGGAUGAUUUGCUGUACCUGAAAGGAGAUGCUGAGCCUCUGCCCGUGAAGCUCUGUUCCAGUGUGGCUGAAGUUCAGCUCUCUCUUUGUAAAAUGUCAAAUUCUGCUCGUUGUUGAUGUUUUCAUGUUUUCUGGUUUAUA